CGGAGUCCUCUUGAUCUUGAGUUGGUGCUGUUGGACUCUUGCCCCCACUCCGAGAAAGAAAUCCAUGGCAUCCACGGCCUUGAGGGCAGGUUUCGUGACGAAACCUUCGCCAGCGCUCUCCUCCCGCCACCCUUUACCUGCCACAUGCUCCUCUUUCAUCUCCUUCGAUAGAAUUCAAUCCCGAGCUCCUUUUUUCGGACAGACACUCCGGCUUGCGGUUUAUUCUCCUAAGAUCCCUGCCAUCUGCGGUCCGAGGAGUUUAGAGGGAUUUACCAGGACUGCAGCAACGGCUGCGUCGGGGAGCGGGGCAGCAAAGCCGACGGUGCUGGUGUCGGAGAAGCUGGGAGAUGCUGGACUUGAGAUGCUUCGGGAGUUUGCGAACGUUGAUUGUUCGUAUAAUCUCACGCCAGAGGAGCUCUGCGGGAAGAUCUCUCUAUGUGACGCGCUGGUUGUGCGAAGCGGUACCAAGGUGACGCGAGAGGUCUUCGAGGCGGCGAAGGGCAGGCUCAAGGUGGUCGGCAGGGCUGGGGUUGGUAUCGACAAUGUUGAUCUGCAGGCCGCCACCGAGAACGGUUGUCUUGUCGUCAAUGCGCCUACCGCUAACACCGUCGCUGCCGCUGAACACGGGAUCGCGCUUCUUGCGGCUAUGGCGAGGAAGAUCGCGCAGUCUGACGCUUCUAUGAAGGCUGGAAAAUGGCAGCGUAACAAAUUUGUUGGUGUCUCCCUAGUAGGCAAGAAGCUGGCAAUUAUGGGUUUUGGAAAAGUUGGUUCAGAAGUUGCCAGACGUGCGAAAGGACUAGGAAUGCAGGUCAUUGCUCAUGACCCAUAUGCCCCUUCAGACAGAGCUCGUGCUAUUGGUGUAGAAUUAGUAUCGUUUGAUGAAGCCAUAUCCACAGCAGAUUUCAUCUCACUUCACAUGCCACUCACCCCUUCUACCUCUAAAAUUUUCAAUGAUGAAAAUUUUGCAAAAAUGAAGAAGGGUGUGAGAAUUAUUAAUGUUGCAAGAGGUGGUGUAAUCGAUGAAGAUGCCUUGUUGAGGGCACUUGACAACGGAACAGUUGCUCAGGCUGCACUAGAUGUAUUUGCAGAAGAACCCCCAGCAAAGGACAACAAGUUAGUUCAGCAUGAGAAUGUUAUUGUUACUCCCCAUCUUGGAGCCAGCACCACCGAAGCUCAGGAAGGUGUGGCGAUUGAGAUAGCUGAGGCUGUGAUUGGAGCAUUGAAUGGUGAACUAGCUGCUACUGCUGUGAAUGCACCCAUGGUUCCUUCUGAGGUUUUGUCCGAGUUGGCCCCAUAUGUUAUAUUGGCAGAGAAGCUUGGUAGACUUGCCCUGCAGCUAGUAGGGGGUGGAAGUGGCAUCAAGGGUGUGAAGAUCGUAUACACAUCAGCUCGAAGCCCCGAUGACCUCGACACUAGAAUUCUUCGAGCCAUGGUCACUAAAGGUGUCGUGGAGCCCAUAUCAAGUGUUUUUGUAAACCUUGUCAAUGCUGAUUACAUCGCCAAGCAAAGGGGUCUGCGCAUCAGCGAAGAGCGAGUAUUCCAUGACGGCUCUCCUGAAAUCCCGGUGAACUUCAUCCAGGUCCACCUCUCAAAUGUGGAGUCCAAAUUCGCCAGUGCCAUAUCAGACUCGGGUGAGAUCGUGGUGGAGGGCAGAGUGAAGGAUGGGAUCCCACAUCUCACAAGCGUAGGCUCAUACAGCGUGGAUGUCAGCCUCGAAGGAAAUCUGAUACUUUGCAGACAGAUUGACCAGCCUGGUAUGAUUGGCUUUGUGGGGAACAUUCUUGGGGAAAGCAAUGUGAACAUCAGCUUUAUGAGUGUGAGCAGAAUUGCACCUAGGAAGCAAGCAAUUAUGGCCAUAGGUGUAGAUGAAGAGCCGGAGAAAGAAACUCUAAGGAAAAUUGGUGAAAUACCAUCGAUUGAGGAGUUUGUCUUUCUGAAGCUAUGAUAGAAGCCUUUUCUAUUA